AUGGAGACCUCUCUGAGAUACAGCGGAGACGCUAAAGCCUUAAAAAUCCAUGCGAAGGAAAAGCUACCACUCGAUUCCAAAACUCAUUUGCAGAUUCAUGGAGAGCUAGAUACUAGACUUGGAGUUCCAACAUUUGGUAGAGCUGUUGUAAGGCGCUUCUACCCAGAUUUUUCGGCAAGCCUUGGAGUUGGACUGCAGUAUGAUAGGCGCGAGAAACUACGGUACACUGUCCGAGCGAAAAAGUCCUUCCCUGUGACAACGGAUGGGCUGUUGAGCUUUAAUGUUAAAGGAAGAUGCGAUCUUGACAAAGAAUUUAAAGAGAGAAGCUCCACAGGAGCUGCUGAAUUUUCUUGGAGCAUUUUGAACUUUCAAAGGGACCAAGAUGUCAGGCUUAAACUUGGCUAUGACUUGUUGGACAAGGUCCCAUAUAUGCAGAUCAGGGAAAACAAUUGGACCCUCAAUGCUGAUGGUAAUGGUAAAUGGAAUGUGAGGUAUGAUUUGUGA